AAAAGAGAUCUGGUUGGCUCCCUGAUUGGCUAUUUCCUGAAAUACAAAAACAGUAAGGCAUAUGUGUUGGAAAAGACUGAGGCCCAGGUCUCUGCCGGUUUAGGACAACAGAUCCUCGCAUGUAAGUGUGUGCUUCACAUGUGGCCAGCUGUCAGCCUACAGAAUUUUGUCCUGCAUCAGUGCUGGAUGUGUCUUGGAAAACGUCUGCCAACAAGAAGAGAGGGAGAUAUACAGUAGGACAUGAAAUGGUAAAGAGAAAGCAGUGAAAAGUAUUCGAAAGAGAUCAAAAAAGUACCAAAGCAAUGAUGGAUGAUGGCUGUCCAGAUACCUGUAACGUUCUUAUUGGAGCUCCUGAGUGCUUCAUCUGCAGAGACGUGCAGCUGGUGGAGGGAGAACAACUGAAAAGGUUUUGUGACUGCAAGAACCUCGUGGCACAUCAUGGUUGCUUGCUUAUUUGGAUCAGAACGAGCCUGAAGACAGAGGAUCAUCUGAGGUGUCGAGUGUGCAAUGCAGAGUACCAGCAGCAGAGAGUUGCCCCAUGGCAGACCCUGAUGUCUCAGUGGCGUGUGUGGCUCGUGGUGGUGCUCGCAGUGGUACUGGCAGCCCUGGUUCCCUACACUGUGUACUGUAUGCUGACAGCCUUUAAUAACCCCUCUCAACAUCCUCUCUUCAACAUAGCUGCUAUCAGCUUUGGUAUCCUGUCUGAAAUCCUGCUGUACAGGUUCUUAUACUGCUAUGUCGCCAACCGUUUCCAGAAAGCACAGCAGGCAUCCUUUAGUCUUCAACCUCGGAACCAGGAGGCGGAGCAGGAGGCUGGGGUCAAAGUUCAUAACCACAAGGCAGAUGCCCUCUGGCAGUGGAAAAGCAUCCCUGUGGUGGAAAAGGCAAAGCAGAUUGACUCACAGUGAUUCAUUUAACUUCUGGACAGGAUGGAGGGUCUGCGCGCUGCCCUGAUGGCUGGCUGCGUGUCAGGAGUACCAACCUGGCGCGAGCAGCCGAGCAUUACACACCCCGUCUCACAUGGAAUUCACGGGAAUGUGAAUAAUGAUUGAGAAUGAUUUUCAUGGAUUUGAUUUCAGCCUUACCCUGACCUUUUAAAAUGGUUAACCGUUUAAAAUUUGGCAUACGUGUUAAAAUUGCUCCAAUAUUCUGUGCGUGAAUGGAUGAAGGAGGCUUCUGGCUUUGCCGUUUGCCUACUUCCUCUCUUGUUGCACUUGAAUUGGGUAAAAGCCAAAGUCCAAAGCUAUCCAAACUGGUGUGGGUCCAGAAUUUCAUUCCAACCAGAAGCACACCUGAUUCGGCUGAGUAAACUCUUGUUUAAUGAGCUGUUAUUGCUUGAUCAGUUGAGUCUGAUGUAUCCUCAUUGGUAGGAGGCAUGCAGUAAUUUCACUCCUUGUCUUUGUACUUUAGGGCCACAUGCAUGUGCACAUUGUAUAUGUCACAUUUUAAAUAUUUUAUUGGUUUAUUGCACUUGUCACUUUAAAACGGGUGAUUUAGCUAAAUUGUACAGUAAGAUGUGCAGGUGUCCAUUCAGUUCUUCAGUAGUAAUGAUUUUGAACUCUAAUGGCAAGCAAAAGAGGUUUCUUUUCUCUCUUCACUCUACAAUCUGUGAUUAAAUAAAAUUUGAAUACAUUUACAUUUGUUGCAGGUGGUUGUGUUGUGAGAUAUACUCACCUGACUCAAACUGACUGUGUAUUAUUGAUAUAGAUCGUUAUCUUGCAGUGUAUUUACUGUACUCUCAUGCGAUAUAGGGAAGUUAAGUAUGAAGUUAGAUAUGAGAGAAGUUUGUUGAGAGUUAUCUUAAAGUUACUAAAAACUUACUAUGUAAAGCUGCCAGCACAGGGUGAUAUAUUGUUUUAUUGUUGAUUAAAAAUGCAUAAUUUAUUCAUUCAUUCAUUCAUUCACUAGACA